AUGCAAUAACGAUAAUAAAAUGAUAAUUUAAAUUUUACAAGAACAAAUGAGAAAUUAAUUAAAGCAAUCAUUGAAGAAUAUUAACAUUCAGGAUAAGGUAAUUAUUAUAAAUCUAAAAAAGAACAAUAAAUUAGCUUUUAACAAUUUAUGUAAAAUAUUAUGGAUGAAUAUGAUAAUCAAUAUUCAGAUAAUAAUUAGUAAUAUGAUCCAAAAAAUUACUUUUAAGUAAAAUAUUUUUCAUAUUAAGGAUUCUUAUAAACAUAUGAUAAAUUUAGACGUACCAUAUAAUGAUUUAGAAUAAGGUGAAAUAAUUUAUAAUAAUAAUCCGAUAGAAAAAUAAAUUCAAUACUUAACAAACAAAAAUCAAUUAAAAAUAAAAUCUAAAAGAGUUCCAUAAUAAAAACAAAUCAGAAGUUUUAAUCAUCAGGAAGAAGAUUAUUUUGAGAAAAUUUAAGAGCAAUAAUAAGAUUAUAAUUAUCAAAUUAUUGAAGAUACUAGACCUAUAUAACGCUUAACAAAUUAAGAAUUUUAUUAAAUUAAAGAUGAUGAAAACAUUGAGAAAAAGUAAAAAAUAGUUGGUGAAUAUUUAAAGAAAAAAAGUAAUAUUUUAUUGCCAUGUUAAAGAGAAAAUUCUAAUUUAAAUUAACCUCGAAAACCAUUAGUACAAAUAAAUGAUGAUUAAAAAGUUAAAUAAUUAAGAUAAUUUAUUGAUACUAAUUUAUACAAUAAGCAAAUUGAAAGUUUUUAAAAUAUUGAAGAGCCUAAUGAAGAAGAAUAUGAAAAUGCUAAAAAAUAUUUCAAAAAUUAAAUUGAUUUAUUAUAAAAUUUGAUUGAUACCAAUAAAAUUGAAAAUUAAAGAUUAAAAAAAGAAAAAACAGAAAUUAAUUAUUAAUUUAAAGUUUUAAAGUAUGAAAAAGAGUUGCUUGAGUUUAAUAAAUUUAGUCAAAUACAAGAAUUUGAAGAAUUAAAAAAAAAAGAAUAUGAAAAAAUUACUAAAAAAUAAAAUGUUCUUGAUAUGAUUUAAAAGACUCAUUAGAAUGAGCCUAACAAAUCUUUAAUUUAAGAAAUUGAAGGACUAAAAAAAUAAAUUGAAAAUCUAAAAGAAGAAAACGAUAAAAAAUAAUAAAAAUUAUUUUAAAAGAAACAAAAAUAUUAAAAGUAUUAUUAAGAUAAAAUAUAAUAAACAAAAGAUUUAGAAGAAUAAAACACUCUAAAUUAAAAAAAAAUUAUCUAAUUAUCUUAAAUAAUUAAUGAAUAUGAAUAAAAUGUAGAAGUUUAAGAAUUAAUUGCAAAUUAAAAAAAAAAGUUAUAGCAAGCAAAUGAAUAAAAGCAAAAAGAUUAAAAAGUUUAAGAAAAUAAUUAAAAAAAAUCAUAAGAUUCUCCUUAAGAAAUUGUAAAACCAAUUCCUUUAUUUGAAUUAAUAUAGAAUAAAGAAUUUUAGUUUUCUAUUGAUGAUAUAAAUAAGAAAUUAUUUAUUGAAGAAUUUGAAUUUGAUCAUAAUUCAUUUUACAAAGACUAUUUAAAAUAAUGUAACAAAAAGGAAAAGCCUGUUGAAAAAUAAUAGCGAUCAGAUGGAAAAAUAAUUAAAAUAUAUAAAUCUGGAAAGAAGGUGGUUGAGGGAAUGAAAGGAUUUAUUAAAGAAAUAUUUCCAAAUGAUUAUGUAAUUGUACAUUUUCCUAAUAAAGAUAUUAAGUAAGAGCUUCCAAAUGGAAUUAAAAUAUAUUAUUAUUAAAAAAAUAAUUCUACUCAAACUUAUUUACCUUAAGGAAUUUCAGUAAGUUUAACUUAAAUUAUAAUAGGUUAUAUAUUUUAGCAAUAAAUAAUUGGAAAUUACAUUUGUUGAUGGUAGUAAAUAGAUAUUAUAUCAUGAUGGAACAAAAAAAUAUAUAAAUUAUAAAGGAGAAGAGGAGGUUUUUUAUCCUGAUGGAGUUAAAUAAACAAUUGAUUAAGAUAAAAUUAAAAAAAUUGAAUACCCUAAUGGUAACAUCAAAGUAGUGAAUUUAAAUAAAUGA